AUGGCUCGCACUAAACGCAAAACCCCUACUACUGUUGCUGCUUCGUCGUCCUCGUCGCCAUCUGAAGAUCUACAUAUUGCCGCAUUACGGAAGAAAUUGAAGGAAAAGAAGAACACACCUGAACCUGAACCUGAAUCAACUAGUGCAUCCUCCGACCCAUCUAAGGUUGUCGAACCUACUGUAUCGGCACCAGAAAAGAAAAAGGGGAGAAAAAUGCAUGGGAUUGAUGCCCAACGCAAAAAGGGUGCUGCCCAAUCUUCGGGUUCUGUUGAUAAAGCGCUGCUUGAUUGCAAAUUCAUCAAAUGGGAUUACUUUGGUCAGGUAAAUUUUCAAUUCAAAGAACUUUUUGAAUUUCAAGAAUGGAUGACUGUUUGUGAGUGUACAAAUGCUUAUUACCCUAGACUGGUUCAAGAAUUUUAUAGAACUCUAAGAACAAUUGAUGACGAAGACAAAUUUGAAGUUGUUUUGAAUGAUAGUGCAUAUGUUAUUUCUGUUGAGAUGAUUGCUAAGGCUUUGAAAUUACCUAAUGAUGGAAAUAAAAUCUCUACUCAUAGAGAUGUUGCUAGGGUUCCAGGCUUUAACUUGGCUGAGUUUGAAAAUGAAGUCUUUCCUGCCAACACUGCCACCAGUGAAAAGUCCACUAGCACAAAAGCUUUUCAACAUAUUAAAAUCAUUCAAAAUAUGGUGAACUACAUUUUCUGUCCUAAGUCUGGCAGCUAUGGCUAUUUGAGUUACCUGGAUAUGUGCAUCAUGUGGCAUAUUGUUAAUAGAGUAAGGAUGAAUUUAGCUUAUCUGAUUUUCAAGAAUAUGUGGAAAGCUUAUGGGAUUGGAAAAUUGCCUUAUGCACAUCUCUUGACUGCUUUGUUUAAAGACUUGGAUGUAAAUGUCUCUAAGGAAAGUUCUAGGACGGAUUUGAUUGUGCUUAGAGAAAUUCACUCUAAUAAUGAUGGAAGAAAGAAACGGUUUGAAAAAGGUGGUUCUUCCUCAGCUAAAAUUGGUUCAGAUUCUACAAGUGAGUUUAUGAGUGAGCUUCAUGGGCUAAAAACUUCUAUUAAUGAGCAAUUUAGUACAACACAUCAGUCUAUUGAACUUCUGAGAAAAUUUGUGGAUGUGGUUGAUUACAAAGUGAGCCAUUUGCUUACUCAAAAUGAGGAAUUAAAGAAAAUGAUUGUAGGUCUUCAGCAGGUAAGGGAAACUGGUUUCUCAACCAAAGUUGAGACUACUGUACCUACAAAUGGUGCCUCUUCUCCUGUUACUCAAGUCUCUGCUCAUGGUACUGAUGGGGGUGAAGGUACUAGGCUUGGUGAGUCUACAGCUGCUGUUGAGCAUGUUAGUGAACAAGUUGUUGAACCUGAAAUUGAACCUGCAGCUGAAGCCCCUGCUGAGCAUGUUAGUGAACAAGUUGUUGAACCUGAAGUUGAACCUGCAGCUGAUGUCCCUAUUGAGCAUGGUAAUGAACAGGUUGUAGAACCUGAAAGUGAGCCAGCAGUUGAGCCUCAGAGUGAACAACUUCUAGAACCUGCAGCUGACUCUACACAGCAAAAGGAAGCCUCUCUAAAGGAUCACCAAGAGAGUGCUCCAUCUCAACUCUCUGCAGCUGCUGCACCUCUAGCUAAGAAAGGUAGAAAAAGAUCUAAGUUUAUGGUGUCAAAUCCAUACCGGUCCCUAGCUGCUGCCCUUCAAACCCCAUCUGAUGAGGAUGAGCCACAGAAGCAUAACCAGUUGGCUGACCAAGGUUCUCAGCCACCUGCUGCUAAACUUUCUAGGAAGAAGAUGGUGCCUUCCAAAGCUACUCGAAGGAGCAAAAGACUAAAUGAUUAG